UCUAUCAUAUAUGAUUUGGGCAUGCCCUGCCCUGAUGAAUGAAUGACAUAAGAUCAGGAGUGUGUGUUAAAGUAAAUCGGAUUCAGUUCGAUAUUAAAUGUUUUUGAAACACAUGAAGUGUAUCAGUAGAUGAGAAAUGACUUUCUGUUUCUCUCUGAUAUAGUAAUAUAAAACCUAUUUCGGUAUAGAAAUAUGAGUAUUUCACUGUAUUCAGAUGAGUAAGCCCCCUCGUCCCCCCCGCUGCCAUGAGCGUUGCCUUUUUAGGGGACACCUGAUCACCGCUCGGUGUCGCCAACAAAGACUUUGUGCUGAUAACGUCUGGAGGGAGUUUAGAUGCUGAAGCCCAGAGAAAUAAACGGAGAGACAGCUGACACCGCUCCACAGAACGCUUCACGACGCUCCAGUGAGAGUUCAUGGAGAAGUUUCAGGCGGCGAUGAUUCUGGCAGGACUGGGAGAUGCUCUGGGAUAUGGGAAAGGUCGAUGGCAGAACUGCAUCUCAGGAACUAGGAUUCAGAAAGAGCUCGGUGAUCUCGGGGGUCUCGCGGCUUUAAAACUGGACACAGAUAACUGGCCUCUGAGCGACGGAGCUCUAAUGCUCAUGACCACCGCUCAAGCUCUCAUCACAGAUUACUGGUGUCUGGAGGAUCUGUACAGAGAUUUGGUUCGGAACUAUGUGGAGGCCAUGAUCUGUCUGCAGGGUCGAGCUCCUGAUCCCAGUACAGUUGAAGGAUGUGUCAACCUCAAACCAAACAACUUCCUGUUAGCCUGGCACACGCCGUACAAUGAGAAAGGUUCAGGUCAUGGAGCCGCAUCUAAAGCCAUGUGUGUGGGGAUGAGAUACUGGCAGCCCGAGCGGCUGGAUAAUCUGGUGGAAGUGAGCAUUGAAACCGGCCGAAUGACCCACAAUCACCCUAUAGGGUUUCUGGGUUCUCUGUGUACGGCUCUCUUCGCCUCAUACGCUGUUCAAGGUAAACCGCUGGUGAACUGGGCUCGAGAUCUCAUGACUGUCAUACCUAAAGCAGAAGAUUACUGCAGGAAAACCAUCCGACACAUGGCAGAAUAUCAGGAGACGUGGUUUUAUUUUGAGGCGAAGUGGCAGUUUUAUCUGGAGGAGCGAGGUCUAGAAGAGUCUCAGAGUAAACCUGUGUUUCCUGACCGCUAUGAUGCUGACCAGACAGACAAGAUGUAUAAGCGCUGGAGCUCAGAAGGUUGUCCGGGUCGCAGAGGUCACGACGCACCGAUGAUCGCGUACGACGCUUUACUGGCUGCAGGAUCGGACUGGGAGGAGUUGUGUAAACGUGCCAUGUUUCACGGAGGUGAGAGCAGUGCGACAGGUCUGAUCGCCGGCUGUCUGUACGGUCUGAUGUAUGGACUCAGUCAUGUUCCUGCAGGACUCUAUCAGAAUCUGGACAAAAGAGACAAACUAGAAGAUCUGGGAGCUCAGUUAUACAAAUCCUCAUCUACAGAGAAGGCACAGAGAGAGGAACAUCAGCAUCAGCAUCGGCCGGACAACAGAACAUUAAAACAUCUGAUCCUGAAUCAGUCAACGCAUCCGGCCAUCCGGAGAGUUCUGGAGAAUCUUCAGCUUUAUCAAACCCUCGAGAGACCGAAGCGUCCGUCAUCAGACCGCCGACCUUCACGUCUCACCACCUUCAAUCUUCUCAGAUCAAAGUUUGUGAAGGAACGUUCGCCGGGCGCGUUCAGCUUCAGACGAGAGGUGAGAUCUCUGACUCCACACACCAAAGACACAAAAAGAGUGGAAUCGCGGCCCGCGACCUUCAGAAACACCGCCAGAGUUCAGGAGAUGGUGAAGAAAUUUACUGAAGCACAGAAGAAGAGAAACACUCCACAUGAGACGGGGACCUGGAAGCGGCGCGCGCGCGACCGGCCCGUCAUCUCGGAGAUCAUGAAGAAGUUUGAGAACCUGCUGAAGGGACAAAAGAAAGAUUCAGAGAUUCAAAAACAAAGCAGAUCAGAUCAUACGCACACAGCAGAACGAACACAUUUAACAUCGGCCGGAGUUUCCCGAGAUGAUCCGAGAACACAUGAGAAAUGUUCACGUCAUGUAGAUGAAACCGUUGAGAAUCCGACUGUCAAUCUGAGUCGAGGUGAAGUGAAGGUUGUGUCUUCGUGUGGGGUUGAGGAACGGUCAGAAAAUGAGGUGAGGAAUGGAUGUGUCGUGACCGAAGCGCCUCGUGAGAUGAACACAGUCACAAUCUGUCCGUCUGUCGUUUGGACUUUAGCUUCUCGUACAGAUUCUCUCAUACAGACAGAACACAUGAACGCAAACAAAACCAAACGCACCGAAUCUAACAUCGCUGAAACUUCAGCCGGAGAGAACAGACAGAACAACAUCCAAACGAGUGCACAAUUAUCACAGAAACAUCUUCGGUCCUCAUCAUCAGACGAGCGUUCAGAUGCUCUUCAUCAACAUCACACGACUCUGACGGAUUGUGUUCAGGAUGAUGUGAUGAACGUGAAUGAAACCUGUAGAACAUCCUCAUCCGAGCCGCAGCUGAAUCCAACAACACAACUGAACAGAGAACAAAACCUCCACGUCAUCUCUGAUCUGAAGAGACGGACGGAUGAAGAUCAAACCUUCAGUUCAUCUGAACGCACACGCUUUGAGAUCAGUGUGAGCUCUGAUGGAGAUACGGGCGAGAUUAAGGUUCUGGAGGACAUCUCGUGUGAUCUGAGAACGCUGGAACAUCAAACGAGAGAACAGCCAAAAUAUAAAAGCCUGAGUUACUGUGAUCCGUCUGUGAAACUCACACACGCAUUCAAGACCAUCAGAUUCACUGACACCUUUAACUUCUGAUCCUCUCGUCAAACGUCACGGUUAAAAACAUCCAGGACCGUCAAAAUACACUUCAUACAGUAGGUUAAUAAAGUGUCUAUCAUUAUUUUUUUAAUAAUACGUUACAUAUUUAAUCAUAUUUAUGCACUUAGGGAAAACAUCACAGAUGAGAU